UCUCGUCGCGGGGUCUGCAGGAGUGGUUUUUGUCGCCAUGGCAGCUACCUUGACCCUUUCGCUGACCGGCCGUGUCCGGGCGGCGGUCGCGCGAUGUGGGUUCGUAACUCGGGGGGUGGCAGGUCCAGGACCUACCGGUCGCGAGCCCGACCCCGAUUCUGACUGGGAGCCAGAGGAGCGGGAGCUGCAGGAGUUGGAAAGCACCCUGAAACGGCAGAAGAAAGCAAUCCGACUCCAGAAAAUCCGGAGGCAAAUGGAGCCGCCAGGUCCCCCUCCCAGAACCCUGACUCGGGCAGCCAUGGACCAGAUCCGGUAUUUACACAAGGAAUUUGCAGAUUCCUGGUCAGUCCCCAGGUUGGCUGAAGGCUUUGAUGUCAGCACCGAUGUUAUUCAGAGGGUUUUAAAAAGUAAAUUUGUACCCACUGUGAAGCAGAAACUGAAGCAGGAUCAAAAAGUACUGAAAAAGCCUGGGCUUGCUCACUUGGUGCAGCAGCUGCAGGGCUCUGAAGAUAGCACAAAGCCCCUUGCUGCAGGCCAUGCUGUAUCGGAGCCUUUCCUGGAAGCCUCAUCCAGAGGUCAGAGCCACAGCACCGCUCUGACAGUACAAGAGCCCAGCACUCAGAGUAGAGAUCCCCUACGGAGACAGAAGGGAAGCAACAAAGGAACCCAAGGCCUGGGGAAGAGGAGCUUUGUGCCUGUCACUAUAGCCUCGGAUCAUCAGAGAAAGCCAAAGUCCUCCACCAGUGAUUGUGCAGGCACCAGAAGCACUGACAGUAAUUUCUUGCCAAGUGACAAGAAGCUGGAAGAGUGGAAGGUGGAUGAGCUAGGUGAUCAGAACUUUAACAGCAAAGUAGUACAGAGGGGGCGGGAGUUCUUUGACAGCAACGGGAACUUCCUGUACAGAAUUUGAACCAGAGCAUGGCUUAUGAAAAUGCCAUAUGAAACAUGGCUGGGCAAAUAGGGAGCUGCCAGGAUUGCUGCCUUUUUCUCUCUUUUUUUAAGACAAGGUCUCACUGUGUAACCCAGGCUGGCCUUGAACUCAGGGCAAUGCUCCUGCUUCACCCUCCUGAGUGCUGGGUUUACAGACAUCCAGCUAGGAUUUCUGCAUGUUUUAGUCACUUUGACAUAGAAGGGGGCCAGGGAUUUAGCUCAGUGGUUCCGGCACCUGCCUCGAAUGCGCAAGGUCCUGAGUUUGAUCUCCAGUACCAAAAAAAAAAGACAUAGAAGGAUGUGAUGAGCCAAGGAUGUGAUGAGCCUAGGAUGUGAGCUACUUGGCUAGAGUGAAGCUUGUGGAAGCACUGCCUCCACCCUGACCCCUGUGGCCCUUCAGUAUUCCUCACUCUUCUGCUUGGGCUCUCUGUGCCGAACACCAGUGUUGUAUAUGCUGAUUUGAUGUCUGUGAUACUUGUAAUAUGUUUGGGAAGAAAUGAAGAGUUUGCCUUCUGACCUCAUUUUCUUCUUGAUCAGUGAACACUAAGAGUUCUGGAACUGCAUAAUCAAUUGGUUGUUUUCCUUGUGUGCAAAAAUAAAACGUAGCCGUCUGUGUUGCUUGAUA